UGACUAUAGAACAUUUCGCGCAAUGUCAGAUAUGAUGACCCUCUUCAUGUAAACGAGUCCGCUAUCUUGAAGACUAUUUAUAAUUUAUAUGCGAGUAGGUGUCAAAUGAAGUCGGUCAAAGUAUGUAUAUCGAACACAUGAUAUAUUACACUACAUAUUGAAAUGAUACUGGACUUUUAAGCUCAUUUUGAUCAACUUAUCAGUGAAAAUAGGACUGAGCGGAGGAGUUUCCGGACAUUGUGAAACAAACAGAAGACGAAGAAAAGUGAAACACAACUGCGUUUACUAACGGAUUUUAUUUGAUUUUAAGGACUUUUUAGACAAUUGAAUAUGAUGCUGGAUCUAAGAGUAGAUGCUUUCUAUUACUCUGACUACUCUGAUACAGUGGCAGAGGGCUGAAUACUCCGUUUGAAGGGGUAAAACGAACGGGUAGAGUCAGUGUGUUGACAGAUUAUUUUCCAAUUUUUGAACGGCACCAUACAUUUUUAGAGGACAAUUUCGAUGCAAAAUACACAUUUGAGUCUGGCUCGAGACAACACAAUAACCUGGACUCAAUUCAAAAUGUCACUUGAAACUGCUAUAAGUGCAUCGCCUUUAGUGAAAUCAUUUCUAGCUGGAUCAUUCAGUGGGACUUGCUCGACAGUCCUCUUCCAGCCUCUAGAUCUCGUCAAAACAAGACUUCAGUCAGCAGUUGCAGUUCAGGGUAACAAGCCAUCAGGUGUUGUGGCAACUGUAUUUCAAGUGGUGCGGAAUGAAAGAAUCAUAGGUCUAUGGAAGGGCAUUACACCAUCCAUCACAAGAUGUGUACCAGGGGUAGGGGUAUAUUUCUGUUCAAUGCACUGGUUGAAGACCAACCUAGGAAGUGCGGACCCCCCACCCUGGGAGUCCAUCCUGAUAGGGGCAGGGGCACGAACUGUUGCUGGCGUCACUAUGCUCCCCAUCACGGUGGUCAAAACCAGAUUUGAGAGUGGUCAAUUUAAGUAUAAUGGGGUGUUACCUGCCUUGUACAAUAUCUACAAGCUGGAGGGGGCAAGAGGUCUCUACAGCGGUCUCUCUGCAACUCUCCUACGUGAUGUCCCAUUCUCAGGACUCUACCUGAUGUUUUAUACCCAACUUAAGAAAGCUGUUCCAUCAACUGGGACAGUCGAUCCAACUGCACCAUGGGUACAUUUCUCCUGUGGCAUUGUGGCUGGCUCCUUUGCUUCCGUCGUCACUCAGCCAGCUGAUGUCAUCAAAACUCAUAUGCAGCUUUUCCCAGAGCGCUUCAGCCAUGUUGGCAAAGUUAUCAUGUUCAUAUUUCAAGAGAAUGGUACUAAGGGAUUUUUUCGAGGAAUUGUCCCAAGAACAAUGCGUAGAACACUGAUGGCUGCCCUGGCAUGGACAGUUUAUGAGCAGGUAAUGAAGAGCACUGGAUUAAAGUAGAAUGUCUUCAAACACAGCGCACAAUUCCACAAUGAGUAAUCAAAAUAUUAACAAAUCAGAUGAAAAUACACUGAAUAUUGCAGUAAUUGUUUUAUACUUACUUAGUGGAACAAUAAUCGAAGUAUACAUCAAAAUCAAACCAUGGGGUGACUAGAGAAACAUACAUUAUAUUUGAGAUAAAGUGAAAUGCUAUACAAGAUGAUAUGUAAAUAUCGUAGAUAUGCAUCAAGAAGUAUUAAAGCCUAUGGCAUUGCCAAAAUGUUCAAAAUGAGGCUGGCAUGACAUAAACCCUUUCCCAUAAAGAGGAUAAAAAUCUUGUUAAAACAGGAAAAUACAUCCAACCAAACGCAGUUGCUUUUAUGCUGAAAACUCAAUAGAUUGGAUCAAAAAAAUUAUGAAUGACCUUAAGUUUUAUGCAUUGAAUGACUGUAGUAGAGAACACUGGACAUGCAUUAUUUUAUGCGUGAGAUGUUUAUUAUUUUAUUGAAAGGGCAGUAUCUGUAAUUCUGAUCCAAAGAUUUUUCAAAACUUUUUCACGGACUUGCACCCUCAAUAAACUUUGGUUCCAGCCUUCUUUUAUGAAGAUAUCAAAGCUAAAGUUGCACAAUUUGGAUAUUUAGGACCAGAAUUACAGAAACUAGCUCGUAGUUAAAACAUUGCUCUUCUUAUAUGGACCUUAAAUAGUAAUAAUUAAAUUGCAAUGAGCAAUGUGGCAUAAGGUGGGUGAAGCAAAAUGUUCUCCGCUGUUUUCCAUUUGUCUUGACAUUAGUUAUAAUGUCUUAUAAAGGCCAUAAAAAGUGCCAUACAACAAUCUGCAUGAGACUUGCUUGACUUAGCAGUUUCUGGAAUAAAUAA